UCAGUGAGUCACUGUAGUGGUUGCAGGUCUUACACAGGCUUACGUUCGUAUAUGUCGCAACCGAUUCAAGAGUACGACAUACAAUCGAGAUUCGAAAUCAAGGCGUCAUUACGUACAAUACCUACAUAGGCAAUCUACGAGCCUCUGUAAUUACACGAUACAAACGUAUAAUUCACCGUUCUUGAAUGAAAAUCAGCAUUUGAUUUUACUGGAAAAUGGAACCGAAUAGCUUAGAAAAUUCAAACUUACCUGAUAAAGCCAAGGAUGGUGUUCUCCCUUUGGUAGAGAAACCAUGCAACCAAAGUCACAAAAGUUUAGCAGAAUUAAACCUCCAAGAUGUGGUGAAUGAAGAUACAACCAUCAGUAACAGCCAAGAACAUGGAGAUGAGCAGGACCUCAAUGGAUCCAAAGUCAGUGCCAAUUUAGAUGUAGCUGAAGUGGAGAAGCAAAAUGAUGAUCUUUCGGCAGAUUCAGAAGAUCUUCAGAAUUUUCUCCUUAAACAGACAGAAGUUGGAGAAGAUGCAGUAUUGAAUGGUGUAGAUAGUGACACUUUAGAGGCAACUAAGCAAGCUGCCAGAAAUGGAAGUGAAGUCAUUGGUGAUGAAACUGAUAAUCUAAAUGUGGUGUUUAGAUUUCCCGGAUCUGUAGAUGAAAAUGAAGUAUUCAGCUUAAAAACAUCCAACAAGGAACCAUUAUAUCUACAUUCUAAACGUCUCAGCAGUAGUAUUGUUGACAUUGACCAACUUGCCAGGUGUCAACACACAGCUGAAGAUGUUGCAGAAGUAAAGAGCUUUUCCAUAGCUUUAUUGGAACUUGCGUUUGAGAAACAAACAGACAUAUCCUCAAAUGCUGUUGCUACUAUACAACAGCUGGGUCGCAAACACCCGUCAACUGUUCUCAGGACGCUCCAGACGUACCUGAGCGCGUCCGAGAGCCAAACAUCAACCCGGGUUCUUUCUACUAUUCUGACGAUUAUGGAUACUACAAUUAAUCCUGCUAUAGAAGCGGGGCAUUUAGACCAUAGUUUGGCUACAGCGCUGGUGAACUUGGCACUGAAUGAAAUGAUUAAAAAUCCUGAACCUAUACCGGAUAUACAACUACCAGCCUCUAAUGUUUUGGUUACUGUGGGAACCGUUUACUGUAAAGAUGUCAUCGAACUUCUUUGUAGUCGCCUUCAAAAUGGCAUACCUCAUUCGUCUAUCUUAGUAAGCUUGGCUUCAUUGGCCACGUUAAACAUCUAUGGAACUGUGCUUCAUUUAAAAAACGUACUUAACAUGGUGGUGGCGUUAUUGAGCACUGGUCAGAUAAAGAACAGCCUUCUGCGAUGUAGUUUCGCUACCGCAUUGGCCAAAUUUAGCGAGGCUCUGUUGUUCUACCUGGCUAAUAUGGAGCGCGCUCCAGAUGUUUCUGUCCAGCGUGAUUGGUUUUACGAAGACAUUUCAGCAGCCUUCGAAAUUCUGUUUCUGCAAUGGUUACCCUGCAAGGCAACAACGACUUGUCAAGAGAUUCUCGAAGCUCUAGGGCAAAUGUCACAACUAUUGUCCGAAGAACGCCUAGAGCAUAUGGCUCCGAAGCUUCUUCCGUCAUUGAUACAGAGCUACCGGGGACCAGUAGAACCAUUGUAUGUAAGCCGCUGUCUAGCUCUCUUUCUCGAUGCGUUUUUCUACAACGGAUCGGAACUUCCCGAUGCAACCGUUCACGAGUUGCUUCAGGCGCUUUUUCAACAGAUGACGAUACAGCCAGAUUACAGCCAGCCGUCUACGGUUAAGAACAACUAUGAGGUAUUAAGAUGUUUGGAACGCUUGGCGCGGGUCCAUUUGGAAAAAGUGGUGGGAUUUCUGCUUAGCAAAGUUGAGCAAGGUGCUGAGCAAGUACGAGUAGCUGCACUGACAGUGCUUAAGCAUUUGAUCAAUUCUCUCAAAGAACAACUGGAACCGCACGUCGCGGCCAUCGGAGCCCAAUUGAAGUUACUUUGCACGAGCGAUGCAAAUUCACUAUCGAAUAAUGUAAAAAAAGUACUUGUUCAAGUCAUCGUGGCUAUGGCAGUACAGGGGCAUCUUCUAGCUUCAGAUACAAUUCAUUCUGGCAGACAUAUUCAACUGAUUGCCUUCUUGUUGAAGUUAUGCACAUUAGUACCAGGAUCUGAAGUGGUACCAAAUUCACCGUCGUCUGGAUUGGAUGUUUUUCUGCAUCCACUCAAUAAAGCAUCGAGCUUUAGAGGGAGUAUCAGCUCGAUUCCGGCCAAUGUUGUAUCUAACGAUGAAUUAAGGCAAAUGUGCGAAAACGUUAUACAUUUGCUAGUGACCACCCAAUCGCAAAUGGAAGACCUAUUUUGGCCUGUAUUACUUCGGUACGCUUUGGAUCCCGAACACAAUAGAGCCUUCGGUGUUAUUGCAAGAGCGCUAGCACACUUGGUUACCAAAAAGCGCCAAGAGCCUGGUGGUACGAUUAUUAUAGAUGAACCUACUUCGACCGCUAUUGUCGCCCGUUUCUUUGUCCUAGCCAGGUCACCUGUGCCAUACGAAAAGUGUUCUGCCAUUUUAACAUUCUUGCAACACUUCUCCGCGAUUGUUCAUCCGACUCUGGCUCAACUUUGGCAAGUAGAACUACCUCAGCUUGCCAGUCAACUCAAAGGUAACGUAAUGAACCAACCAGACAAUCAGAAUGGAUGGUUGCUUUCGUUGGAGAAACUGGCGGACGUGACACUAGCAAGAAUCAAACUUGCAGCACCCGAGUGGACUCGUCUAUUUGCCACUGAUCUACUUGAUCAAGUUGGCCUUUAUGGACAGCAGCCGCUGGAGCGAGGUUUCUUGCUUCAUCUCAUCGGUAUUUCCGUCUAUCAUGGGAUUAUUCCGCAAGGACCAAGCUAUGCUAUGGAUUUCAUUAUGACGUCAGUUCGUCACCAAAUGAUUGAGGAAAGCAUUGGAUGUGCAUCUGCAAUGGGUUGGUGUGCUCGUGGACAUCUAGACGUGGCACUACUAAGAUUGCAAAACUUGGAACGUAACGACUAUGGCCGCAAGUCAAGUGGUUUCUUAGGAUUCAUGAAAGAAAAUCGUAGCGAAGUAGAAUCAGACAUGUUGAAAUCUACUGCAGCCCGAUGUUAUGCCCGUAUCGUGGCCGAUGCCCCGGCAACUGAACUGUUGUUAAAAGUUGACAAGCAUGUGAUUCGAGCCAUUAUUCACAUUCUUCAGUCCACCAAAGACCGUCUAGUCCGUCAAGAAGGGUUGGAUGCUGUGGCAUCGGUUGCUCAGGCACUUUGGCCAGAACGUCUCCAAGAAAGAUACGUUUUAGCCAAGCGUCCAGAUUUGCUAAAAGAGACUCUAGUCCAACUCAAAUCCGUUUCACUUGCAGACCUGAGUAGUCAAGCAGGAUCUCCUUCUGAACUUAAAAGAUUAGUGGAAAUUUCCCGUUUCACAGUCCGAGCCUUGGAUGCCUUGUCUGCUCUUAUUCGGCUCCCACCUGUCUUGGGCCCGGAUGAUCAAUCGACAGUGCUAGAAACUGGGCUUGAGCGUGGAAUACCGCUGUAUGCUCAACUUUGUCAGUUUGCAAUGGAAGAAUGGGGGAUGGUUGAUGCCUCCUUGGCAGCCAAUCAACUACUAAUAGCCCUUGAGAACCUUACGCUCCAAUUUCUUCGGUCAUCUCUCGAUCCAGCUAUGGUUGAUAUAAUAUUUUCUCAGCUUCAGUCUUGGGCGCGAGGACAAGAGGGGCCCAUGCGCCGGGCUGCCCUUACUUUACUAAAACUGACGCUGGCUACGUUUUUUCGGGAGGUGGAAUUUGAACCAGGUGCACCAACACGCUUUGGUCAAGGUCAUAUUAUGAUUGCGAAGAUUAUACCACGUUGUACGGAUCCGGAAAGCGCUGUACGGGAUUUGGCCAUAGAUUGCUUGUCUUUAGUCCUCAACAUAAUUUCCAAGUAUUUGGGAUACAGCGGGGAAUACGAAAAAAAUUCACUUGAAAAAUUAGAAUCAUUGAAAACCGAUCUGGGCUCUGCUGACCCCACCGCGCCGUUAAUUGAGCUAGCGAAUCUUUUGAAUUCGAAAACGCCUACUAGCGAUGUAUGGGCGUUCCUCGAAUCAGCAGCCAGUGGCUUGAAUGAUCCUUUUGCGACUAGCUCUAGUGGCGUAUCUUUCGUUAUUUGUUUGGUGUUAAAGGUUCGGGGAGGCGAAAUCCAUUUGCGAACUAAGGAGUUAUUGGACAUGCUCUUAUUCCGCUUAAAGAACGUGGAAUGCCCACAAACGCGGCGAUCUAUUUUGAAUGGUGUUUGCCUAUUAUCGUCGCACCAGCGAGACGUUGUAACGUCAGCAUUAUUGUCGCAUUCACUUCCUCACAACGAAGACAUAUCAGAUUGCUGGAAAGCGUUGGCAGCAGAUUCGACGCAAGCAACAGCUGUUCUGGAUCAUUUAAUUGACAUACUGACCUACGCUGCACCCUAUGAAGAACGUGGUCCACAUGCUAAUGAAGCCAUUGUUUCGUUUCGUCUACUUUCCACGAUCUCGGCCCUGAAAUCCAUGUGCUUAGUGUCACAAAUUUCCAGUUGUCUACAGGCUCGCUUUCCUCAUGUGUUCUGCCUUCUUAUUUUGGCGCAGAGUUGUAUGCUCGGUGCAUCACCACCGAUUCAUUUCCCGUCUAAUGGCGCUGAUCAGCUCUCCUUCGUUCCUGUUAAUCGCGAGGCAUAUCGCUUGAAUCCUUAUCAGAUGUGCGCUGAUACUUUUAAAUCUGUAAUUGUCUCCGUUCAACUUGAUCCUCUUAUGGAACCUCUGACAGAGCACCGUCACUGGACAAACUCCGGAGAUCUGAACGCCUUUUGCGCCUUGGUAGCAAGUAUGACAGCGCUGUGCACCGUUUUUACAGCUGCCCACUUACCUUACAUGAUAGUCUCUUUCAGCAAUGCGCUUAAGAGUAGCCAUCAACGCCAUAGACUAGCUGCAGUUGCAUUUUAUGCCGAGUUAAUUCAUCAAAGGGCUGUCGGUAGGGAUCUCGAUGUAGUUAUUCGUGGUCUGACUUCGUCUCUUCCGGAUUCGUCAUUGUUGAUCCGCCGUAUUGCUUUGAAGGGAUUGGGUUCAUUAGGGGAUUGUGAUCCACGUCAGUUAGAAAUACAAGCGCCUUCUGUUUUGAAUGCCCUCAUGGAAGGUCUAGAAGAAGAUGGUCGUGAACCCCAUGAUGGAAAUUGUGGCACGGUGAAAGAAGCGCUUGAAGGAUUGCUGCGCUUGGUUCCUGUAGUCUCUGUGCCCGAAGUAGAGCGACUAGCUUCUCGCUUAGCUCUGCGUGUCCGCCCAUUUUUUGAACAUGAAUUGCCUCAAGUGCGACAAGCAGCAAUUUCUCUACUUGCCCAGUUGUUCAUUGCUGGAUCUACGUCAUCUGCAAGCGAUCGUUUAGCCGAACAGGUGCAUGCUACAUUGACUAGUCUUCUACUUCAUCUGAACGAAGGUGACCCUAGUGUUGUUCGAGCGUGUAAGUUGGCAUUGCGCGAAGCUGGUCCUCUUUUGGACCGAAACAUCGAAGAAGGUACAGUCAGCAUCGGCAGAGUUAGCUCAAUGUUUCAAACGCAUUUGCCCGAGGAAGGUCGCCUUAACUACCUCACUUUCUUGACUGAUUUGGUUAAACUUAUUGCCGUUGACUGCGAGGAAUGGAUAACCAGUAAUUAUCUACCAGCGGCAACUUCGUAUUUCAAAAGCCCAGCACCUGAAUUGCGGGCAAACGCCGCCUUGUUUGUCGGUUUGCUCUGUGGAGCAAGUCGGUCAACUAUUAUUGCCACUCAGCAACGAAACGUUUCGCUGAGUUUAAUACGUUUGCUUCACGAUCCGGUGAAAUCGGUUCGCCUUCAAGCGAUGAAUGCCAUCAGCUUGAUGUUUGGAUGAAUUUGAAGGGGUCGUAAAUUUGCCCACCUUUCAUUGCUGGUCCGUAGUCUUCAAUGAAGUUAUGCUAUAAACAUUCGAAAUACGAUUAGACGCAUUCCCUCACUUUUCUGACAUUUCUGAAUUUUGUUUUUCAAGUUUCUUUCAUAUUUAGUUUAUGUUCUAUAAACGUGCCUUUUGCAAGUUACGCAUAUUUAUUAAACUUUGCCAUUCAGAACGAAAGUUUAUAGGUUCGUUAUUUGUUGAUAAAUACACUGGCAGAUUGAACGUUA